AUGACCGGCUACUGCACCCCGUCUCCCCAGUCAGCCCGCAUCCUCAAUGCUGGAGUGUCGGCGGUCUUUCAUGGACAGCUCCACCAGCCCUCCUCCAAAUCCUCACCUGUCUUGGCAGUGUCGUCGGAGGCUGGAACUGACACUCCAAAGAGAAAAGCGACAGAGGCACCAGAGAGCCGGCCCCGGGGCCUAACACUUUCUCAGAUCAGUCCUCAAUCCAUGGAUCCGAACCAGGAGGUGAAUACGCCCCAACCCGGGAUAUUCGACAACAGUGAUAGCGACAACCUUAUUGACAACGCUGCUAGUCAAUCCUACCUCGAAGGGUUUUGGAACGGUAGCGACGAUCCCGUCGAACAGGAUAGCAAUAAACGGCCGAAGAGCGAACUACGUGGUGUUGAGGGUAGGAAGUGGAGAACUGACUCCAACCCGCAAAAACCAAGGCCGAAGCUGUCCCGCCGAUCGACUGGUUCGAUAAUGGUAGAUUUGACUCUCACUGGCGACAAUGACGACAACCCGGAUGACGAUCUUCCAAUGACUCCCGCCACACGACCGGCGGCUGAAUUCGAAGUGUGGCGGGAUGAAGAGCAGACGCCGGUCAAGAAGGGUGGCUCCCGGACCCGGAGGGCUCCUUUGACGGAUAUCUCGCUCAGUAUAGGGACACCUACUAUGCCGGCCGCAUUCUUCAACACCAAGCAGCUGGGACCUCUGAUGACAAGGCAGCCAAAGAAAGUCAUCAGUCCCUUCCCUCAAUGUCAACACUACUGGGAUGAGUAUGCCAACGACACCUUUAACUAUCUCCUAGAGAUCGAGAGCCGAUAUGAUCGCUAUUUGUACUUUGACGAACAUUCCGAGUUUGGCGACUAUCGGGCUACGCUUGUUCAAUGGAUUAUAGAACUCUGCUAUGGAUGGUUCAAGCUCCCUCCUGGCACUCUCCAUGUCGCUGGAAACUUGAAGAGCCUGCAGGCACGCUCGGCACCUACAACCUCGAAUAUGGAGGUCGACAUACUGAAGGCUCUGAAAUUUGAGAUUUUGGUGGCCAGCGCUACAGGCUUCUCUGACUAUAUUCAGCGAGCAAUCGUUGAUCACGAAGAAACACGGCAGCUUAUCGAUAUUGCGGCGGCGGCGGUGUGGAUUUCGCUGUGCGCGAUUGGGCUUGACUGGAGCGAGGAUCUGGCGAUCUUGACGGGGUACAGUCGAAAUGAUCUGUCGCCGUGCUCUGUUGUUUUCAGCGACCUUGUCCUUUCAACUGACAACCCCCUCGAUCUUCAAGCGACGCUGAACUUCCGAUACCCUAUCGACCAGACCAUGGCCACCCUGCGAACUGUCCUUGCACGAUGA